AUGAAUCGAUUGGUGUCAAGAUCUGCGCUUUUGAGCGCCACGCGAUGUUUCUCCAGGACUUCUGAAGUAUUUGGAAAGCAGACAUGUCUCAUCGAGACCCAUAAGAAGCAUGGUGGAAAACUUGUGGAAUUUGCUGGCUACGAUAUGCCCACCCAGUACGCUGACUUGUCGAUCAAGGAGUCAACCAUUCACACGAGAAAACAUGUCAGUUUGUUCGAUGUUUCUCAUAUGCUUCAAACGCACAUUACUGGAAAGGACAGAGUAGCAUUCAUCGAGAGUUUGACGACAGCCGAUGUUCAAGGACUUCAGGAAAAUAGUGGAACAUUGUCAGUUUUCACAAAUGACAAAGGAGGAAUUAAAGAUGAUUUAAUCAUCAUGAAAACUGACAAAGAUUUCCUCUUCCUCGUCACAAAUGCUGGAUGUAUCGACAAAGAUCUCCCAUAUCUUUUGGAAAAUGCAGCUGCAUGGAGAACAAAGGGAAAAGAUGUAAAAAUCGAAACUCUUGACAAUCGUGGACUCGUCGCUGUUCAAGGACCAGAAAUGGCGAAGGUGCUUCAAGAGGGAACCGAAAUCGAUUUGUCGAAGUUGACAUUCAUGAAAACAAUAGUCGGAACUGUAUUUGGAAUCGAAGGCUGUCGAGUGACACGAUGCGGAUAUACUGGAGAAGAUGGAGUAGAAAUCUCUGUGGAUCCAACGAAAGCCGAGCAACUCGUGGAGCGUCUUCUUGCUUCACAGGCGGGAAAGGUGAAACUAGCCGGAUUGGGAGCACGUGAUGCUCUUCGUCUUGAAGCUGGACUUUGCUUGUAUGGAUCCGAUAUUGAUGAGAACACAACACCGAUCGAAGCCGGACUUGCUUUUGUUGUCGCGAAACGCCGACGUGAAACUCUCGAUUUCCCUGGAGCUGAAAAGAUCGUAAAACAAUUGAAAGAGAAGAACUGGCCGAAACGUCGAGUUGGACUGAUUGCUCCAGCAGGAAGAUGCCCUCGAUCCCACCUCCCACUGAUCGAUCCUCUUGACAAAUGUGCCCUUGGAUUUGUGACUUCUGGAUGCCCUUCACCAACACUCGGCAAAAAUAUCGCCAUCGCCUACGUCGACAAAUCUCAUUCGAAGGAGGGAACCAAGUUUAUCGUUGACUUUGGCGCCAAACAGGCGCCAGUUGAAGUCGUCAAAAUGCCAUUUGUUCCAACUAAUUAUUAUACUGGAAAGAAAUAG